GUCUUGGUCUGACAGAUUUGUUCUGUCAGUUUUAUCAUGGAUUUUGGUCUGGUCUAGGCGAGGAUAGGACACAGCACCUUCCUGAUAAAAACAAGCUUGUAUUAGAUAUUUCAUCACCGUCAUUUUUACCGCCAUCUUGGAUUUAAAAAAGCAAAAUAAAUAAAUUAAGCUCAACAAUCAAAAAUAAGACUACUAAAAAACUUUUUUCUGUGAUUCGAUUAUCUGAAGUUAAAUUUUGCCAUGGCCUUCGGAUAAUAGAGUCUGGACUGUAAUUUCUAAACUAACAAUAAUUGCAUAUAAUAAAACAUAUCAGCGAUUCCACGUCAAACUAGCAGGUUCCAUCAAAUUCAAAAAUGCCCCGAUAAAAAAAAAAUGCAAAAUAUCAUAUUAUUUUUCAACUAUUGAAUCGAUGGCUUGUAACUUUAAUAUCUAAGCUUUUUAUUUUUUCCCCAUCGAUUUUGGUUAGACUCGUGGCCUAAUUUAUAGUGCUGCUAAGAAUAAAACCAUUCUUUCUCCUUUAAUCUUAUCAAACUGUGUCAGUAAAUUCUGCAACAAUGCGCCAAAAUCUGGAUCAUCCACGUCAUCGUUUCAUCUCUCGGAAUUAUCACCAGCAAGCAACAACAUUCCACGCAGAUGUAUUUAGCUUCGGUCAUUUGACGAGGAAGUAAACCUUAUCAAGACUGUAAAAAUUUACCACCAAUCAUUGCCGGCUUGCCGCUCAGUCAAAAAAAUUGCAUGAUUUUUUUUUGAAAUCUAUAUCGCUAUACAGUACGCACCUGUUGGUUGGAUGCUUGUCAGUUAGUUUACGUUGCGUCACAUUUUAAGUUGUAUUUAUUCACUCAGCACAGUCACACGCGGCCGAUAAAUUUAAGAUAAAGCACGCGGGUUCGAUUUGGGCCGUUAUCAGUAGCUAAAUAUGUAUGUACAUCGCAGGGUUGGAAUCGUAGGUGGGGAAGUGGGGGAAGUUUAGAUAAGAUAUAUAUUUUUCUGAUGUUCGUUGUCAAUGUUCGACCAGCGGCGGCGAUUCGGCAAACUUGUAUGAUAUCGGUCAGUCGAAUUUGGCCCGGCCACCGGAACCGUACUAUUAACCGAGGAAUGAGCUCCUGAAAUUGCAUAAAUGUUGUUAAACUCAACUAUGUGACAGUGAAUUGUGCCUCACGAAAAUCGUGAUAAUUAUGAAAGUUUAUAUCAAUUAGAAAAGAUAUUGGAUACAAGAUAAGGAAAAAAUCAUGGUGUUUGUAAAUUACAGUGUUUUCAGGGCUUUCGCUAUUUUUGCAGGAGUUUUCGGUAUCUUCCAAUCGUUGAUAUGGAUUGGAUUUGCCAUAACCGGAAUAGUGGCAUACUACUGUGACAUGGAUUUCUCCGUCCAAACGGAUACGCUGGGUUCGCUGCUCACGUUGACGUUCUUCCAUCAGUACUUUGAGGGAACCUGCACCAUGACCGACAUCCCGGUGAUUGACAUGACGGCGGUUCGGGAACUCAACCUUCUUUCGCCGGGUGACCUGCACGCCUGGAUCUGGGUCUACCUGAUUUUGCACAUCUUCUGGGCGAUAAGCUCUCUCAUCCUGCUUACAAAUGCCCGCAAGAAGUACAUCCGGUACGUGAACGUCUUCCUGUACAUCUGGAUCGUAUUCACCGUUACGAUCAGCAUCCUGGACCUGGCGUUGGGAAUUCAGUUUGCCGUCGACUACGACACCAUUAUUAACGCUCUCUUCCUGCGGAUCGCGCAACCAACGGUGACUCAGGCGGACCACGUUCUGUCCCUGGCUGCGACCGUUUCCGGAAUCAUGCUGGUGAUGGCCUUUCGCGGUUGGAUCUUCUGGCUCGUCAACGUUGGACUGGCGGUGUAUUUGUUCACGCAGACGUUCAAAAUCUACGACUACAACCAGCUCAGGAGAAAGAGUGCCGGAAUGGCCAAUGGAGGAUUCGUUGGAGACCAGGGAGCACGGCGGGCACCGAUUGAUGCGUAUGAUUCGAGUCCCCAACCACAUAACGCCGAGCCCGAAGACUAUCGCCGUCCUUACAACGGCCCUCCGGUAACCAACUACCGCCGUCCGCUGGAUCGCAUCAGUGAACAGCCGCGGGAGAUUAUCGAGCGCCCGAUUCAACACCAUCACCAGCCCGAUUGGAGAUCCAAUAGUCCGCAAUAUCAGCCCCAACAACAACAACAACAGCAGCAGCGUCCUUACACUCCCCAGCAGCCCCAAUUGGUGCCACCCCCGCAGCAAAACUUCACGGCAACGCGAACCUUCGAACCGCUGGCCCGGGAACAGUCCUUCACCGAACCGGAAGUGGAAAUCCGACCGGAUCCGCCAAAGCCGAUUCCCCCACCUCCACCGCCCAAGAACUUUAACGCGAUGAACACCGUCGUCCGGAGGGAUCACGCCGCUGCCAAGGUCGCCCAGGAGCUCAACUACCGGAACAGUAUCAACGCCGGCGGCCCCAGUGGAAACGGACUGCGAACGUUUGGACUGGCCGCGAGUUCAAACGGGGGAGACGCCGGUGAACUGCCGACGCCGAACUAUAGCCCGCCGAUGCCCCGGGUGAACCCGUUCGAGAAUCGACCACCGCUGAGGUCGGUACUAAGGAACUCUAGAUAUCAGUAAGGGGCCACGUUUGACAAUCUUUCCCCAUCGAAACUAAGCUCGUUUAUAUUUUAAAGUUAGAAAUACUGUACAAUAGGCCGCAAUAAAAAAUACGUGGAUUACA